UCUGCAGCACCCCAUUCAAGUCACUCAUGCGUGUAGCAACUGAGGGUGGAGAACGGACUCAUUACAUGCAUAUUUGUUUUUAUUAUCAGCAUUCAACACGAGAUGGUGGCCUUCACAAGCCUGACACAAUUCUUAUGCUGUUGUUUUGGUCAUACCGAAACUUGAGGGAGAGAAUAAAUGACUGCCCUGAACAGAUUAGGACUGACUUUGAGCAUUAUGCACAACAACAUGUUGCAGCAUAUACAAUUCAGAAGUGGUGGAAGAUUGUCCAUACCAGACCAAAUCCUCCAUUGGCUGUGUCUGGUGCAAGUGUGGUUAGGCAAUUGCUGCCACUUAAGAGGAUGGACUUUGUUUUAGUUGGAAGGAUGCCUGGUAGGUGAACAUUUCUAAAAUGUCUAAACAUUCAGAAAUAUUAAAAUAGUUCUGAUUAACAAGAAAAAAAUAUAUACAUAAAAUAAC